GCAGGGAACUCAGUGCACUUUGCCUAAAGGAGCGUUGUAUGAUUCUGGAUUAACCAUGAAAGACUUAAUGAACAUUCCACUCGUACAUAUCUUCACCCUGGCGGCCGUCAGUUUAGCUGAAAAACUUCCAAAAGCUCCCCUUAUCAACACUCCUCUGGAAACCGUGGACGCAUUAGUAGAAGAGGUUGCUAAAUUCAUGUGUGUAGUGGACUCCUACCCCGAGCCAGAGAUUACCUGGACACGUAACAACAUUCCCAUCAGGCUGUUUGAUACACGAUACAGCAUACAAGAAAAUGGGCAGCUUCUGACCAUUCGCAGCGUAGAGGACAGCGAUGAUGGAGUAUACUGCUGCUCAGCUGACAAUGGAGUUGGAGUGCCUGCAAGAAGCUGUGGGGCUUUACAGGUGAAAAUGAAACCUAAAAUAACUCGUCUUCCUGUAAAUGUAAAAAUAAUAGAAGGAUUAAAGGCUGUUCUUCCUUGCACUACAAUGGGGAAUCCCAAACCUUCUGUCUCUUGGAUCAAGGGAGAAACUGUUCUAAAGGAAAAUGCUCGGAUUGCUGUUCUGGAAUCAGGGAGUCUAAGGAUCCAUAAUGUUCAAAGAGAAGAUGCAGGACAUUAUCGCUGUGUAGCAAAGAACAGCUUGGGUGCAGCCUACUCAAAACCUGUCACAAUGGAUGUGGAAGUUUUUGCCAGAAUCCUGAAGGCUCCUGAAUCCCACAAUGUCACCUUUGGGUCUGUGGUGACUCUGCGGUGCACGGCAACUGGCAUUCCCGUUCCCACUAUCACGUGGCUUGAAAAUGGAAAAGCUGUUUCUGCAGGAUCUAUAGUCGAAAGUGUGAAAGACAGAGUGAUCGACUCCCGACUGCAAGCGUACGUCACCAGGCCGGGCUUGUUCACAUGCAUUGCCACCAACAAACACAGCAAAACCUUUGGCACUGCAAAAGCUGCAGCGACUAUCACUGUGUCAGAAUGGAGCAAACUGUACAAGGGUGAUACAGGCUACUGCAGCACGUACAGAGGUGAGGUGUGUAGUGCUAUCUUGGUGAAGGAUGCUCUUGUUUUCUUCAACUCCUCCUAUGCUGACCCAGAGGAGACCCAAGAGCUGCUUGUUCACACUGCCUGGACUGAACUGAAAACGGUGAGUUCAUUCUGCCACCCGGCUGCUGAGUCUCUGCUGUGUAACUACAUCUUCCAGGAGUGCAAUCCCUCAGGAGUUGGACCGGCUCCAAAGCCCGUGUGCAGAGAGCAUUGCCUUGCGGUAAAGGAUCUCUACUGCUUUAAGGAAUGGCUCUCAAUGGAGGAGAACUCCCAGAAAGGGAUUUACAAACCAGGAUUAAUGCUGCUCGCUCUACCUGAAUGCAACAGACUUCCCAGCCUGCACCAGGACCCCAAGGCCUGCAUCAGGAUUCCAUAUUUCGAUUUUGAGACAGAAAAUACAACCACAACUUGCUACAAAGGCAAUGGCAGGUUCUACCAGGGUUCUGUCAAUGUCACCACCUCGGGCAUUCCUUGCCAGAAGUGGAGUGAACAGGUACCCCAUUUGCACAGAAGGACCCCUCAGGUUUUCCCAGAGCUGUCAAACGCAGAGAACUCUUGCCGUAAUCCAGGAGGGGAAAACGAACGUCCCUGGUGUUACACAAAGGACCAUUCUGUAAACUGGGAAUACUGCAGUGUGCCUCUUUGUGGAGAGGUGUCCAUACCAGGAACAAAAAAACCAAGUGUAGAGACUCCCAAUCUCCCUUCUUCUUUCUCCCCUACCUACUCCAUGACUGUCAUCAUUUCCAUCAUCUCCAGCUUUGCAUUGAUAGUGAUUCUCAUUAUCAUUGCUCUUGUUUGCUGCCGAAGGCGAAAACAAUGGAAAAACAAAAAGAGGGAGUCACAAGCACCAGCGCUAACCACUCUUCCAUCAGAGCUCCUACUGGACAGACUUCAUCCUAACCCCAUGUAUCAGCGCAUACCCCUUCUCCUGAAUCCUAAAUUACUCACCCUGGAAUAUCCAAGAAACAAUAUUGAAUACGUGAGAGAUAUUGGAGAAGGAGCGUUUGGAAGGGUCUUUCAAGCAAGGGCUCCUGGAUUGCUUCCUUCUGAGCCAUUCACAAUGGUGGCAGUGAAAAUGCUAAAGGAAGAAGCUUCAGCAGACAUGCAGGCUGAUUUCCAGAGGGAGGCGGCUCUCAUGGCAGAAUUUGAUCACCCAAAUAUCGUCAAACUGUUAGGGGUGUGUGCUGUUGGGAAACCCAUGUGUCUGCUGUUUGAAUACAUGGCUUACGGGGAUCUCAAUGAGUACCUGCGCACUCGCUCACCGCACAACCUCUGCAGCCUGAGCCACAAUAACCUUGACGCCAGGAUCAGGCUCUCCAAUCCCAACCCCCUCGCUCUGUGCUGCACCAAUCAGCUCGGCAUUGCCAAGCAGGUGGCUGCGGGCAUGGCGUACCUCUCAGAGCGCAAGUUUGUGCAUCGGGAUUUGGCCACCAGGAAUUGUUUGGUGGGUGAGAACAGGGUGGUAAAAAUCGCCGACUUUGGCCUCUCCAGGAAUAUCUAUUCAGCAGACUAUUACAAAGCCAAUGAAAACGAUGCCAUUCCCAUACGCUGGAUGCCCCCCGAAUCCAUAUUCUACAACCGCUACACCACCGAGUCCGACGUGUGGGCCUACGGCGUGGUCCUGUGGGAGAUUUUCUCCUAUGGCAUGCAACCCUAUUAUGGGAUGGCUCACGAGGAGGUGAUUUACUACGUGAGAGAUGGCAACGUCCUCUCUUGCCCCGACGACUGCCCUUUGGAGCUCUACAACCUGAUGCGCCUUUGCUGGAGCAAGCUGCCUUCUGACAGGCCCAGUUUCGCCAGCAUCCAUCGCAUCCUGGAGCGUAUAUACGAGAGGGCAGUGGCUGCUAUCCAUGUCUGAGGUGCGUACUGCAGCAUGACAUUUCAUCCUCAUCCCAUGCCGCUGGCCCACUCCUCAGUCACAGCUCCCCAGCUGACCCCAAGGGGAGUUUUCUGAGUGAGGGCUGCAGGGUCGAGACCAGUAUGUUUAAUCUGCUAAGCCGAAAAGGUAAAGGGGAGAGACUGUACAUGCCAGAUGGGACUUUGGGUGUGGUGGCCACAUUAGAGGAGGCCAGUUUUGCUGAGAACAGAAGCAUCUUGUUCAUCAAUCAAGGGGCAAGUUCUCAUUUUGUCUUUAUACAGGAUUUAGCUUCUGAACUAGUGAACUAAUUUGCAGUAGAGUCAAGGCCUAGACUCCCUUGAAAACCAGUGAGUCCAGUCCUUAUUACUGCAAAUUAGUUCAAUAGUUACCGUUUAUGAUUUCUAAGGAACAAACAAAAUACUCCCCUCAAAGCAAAACUUUCUGUUGACUUUAAUUUCCCUGCCUUCCCCUUCUCUCGUGUUUAGCUUUUCCCUCUUUUCCUCUUCCCUUUCUGCUU